UAGCAGAUCAGUCAUUAACACCAGAUCAGUUGUUAACAGGUCAGUUAUUAUCCUCGACCAUGGAAGCGCACCUUCCUAGUCGAGAUGCAGUAAGAUGUCCUUCUUUCGGUCCCAAGAGUCAAGACUUCGCAAAGCAACAAGCAACAGGAUAUCCUCUCUACCAUCCUCUCUACCAUCCUCUCUACCGUCCUCUUCUUGUCAAAACAAUACCAGUACUACCGUCACAGCUGCAACAAUAACGCUACAGCUCCUUUAAACUCCUGACCAAUAUCGAAAUGACAUCCAUCGGAGGAGCUACCAUCGGAGCUGGCCAAAGGGCCGCCUUGCUUGAAGCUUUCUCCGCCGCAGCGGCCCUCGUUCCCCAAGAUCUCCGCAGAAGCUUCGUUCUCGUUGGCGGCGCCUCACUCCUCUCUUUGGGCGGCACCCGCAAGACGGGGGAUGUCGAUGUCGCCGUCACCGGGCCCGCUCUCCACGCUUUCCACGCCGCCGCCCUUAAUGAUGAAAGAUUCAAUCAACUGGGAGGGGAAAGUUGGGAAUACACCUCAAGCAACGAAAUCUGUGUACCCUUUGAAUUCCUCUUGCAAGGCGGCGAUUUCAUACCAGUCAUAGAGGGAGCAAGGGAGAUUGGCGCAGGCGGUGAGAUGAGGGCAGGAUUGGGCGAGUUAGCUAUCAUGAAGGCGAAAACGUGGCUGGAUAGGGAUGAGGACAAGGAUUUGCAGGAUUUCAGGUUUCUUAUUACGAAGAUGGGGGAAAUGGGGGAGACUUUUGGGACGUUACAGCCUGGAGACGAAGAGGAGAUGGGAGAUCUGGAAACUCUCAAGACCGUGGGGGAGGAGGUCGGUGGCACCCUUGAGGGACGGCUGCUGAAGAUGCUAGGUUUGUGAUUGACGAUUGAAGGCGUUCCCUUUUGGGGCUGCAGCCGCUAUUGCGCAGCUCGCUGCUACUGGCCGUAUCAUUGAUUCUCGACUGUGUACAGUA